UAUUUCCUGUUUUACUGAAAACAACUUUAACAUUGCUUCAUCACUGUGACUGAAUUAUAAACAGAAUGCGAUGUUUUGUAACGCCGGGUUGACGAAUCCUGAUUGUUUCAAUAAUAUAUGCUGAUGGAACAACGUUAUUUGGUAACCGAAUACCAUUUGAUAUGAUAAGGAUGAACCAGACGCUGGAACCUUCUUUCGAAGAAGAACUAUUUAACAAUUCAGGAAAAAAUCUCAGUGGCACAUGUAGAAGUAUUAUUGACAGUGAGGAUUUAUUCCAUAAGAUUAACACGAAAUCUGUGGAAACCAUCUUUACUCCCACAAUUGUAUAUGUCUUUCUACUGUUAAUUUUAGGUAUACCGGGAAAUGUGUUAGUAGUUUACGUGUACCACUCAUGGCGUCGAUCCCCCUCUCGUCUCGUCAUUAUUGCACUGGCCAUUUUCGAUCUUGUGAACUGUUUAUUCACCAUUCCAACGGAGAUAUACUUUAUUGUCAAUCUUAUUGGGAAUCCUAGUCCAAUAUUAUGCAAAUUGUCUCGUUUUAUCACCUUUUCUAUGAACAAUGCAUCAUCAUUUGUGCUUCUUUUCAUUGCCAUCGACAGAUUCAAAAGGAUUUAUAAACCCCUAAAACCACCAUACAGUAACAGAGUUACCAAAAUUGUGAUCAGUAUUGGGUUUGUGAUAGCAUUCCUGUUCUCAUGGCCGUCUCUUCUCAUUUACGGGUCUCAAACAAUAACCAUUCCACUUCCUUCGUCAAACGGUGUUUGUUUAAGAGGACUAACCUGUCUCAUUGACGAUGACGUAUUAUCUACCAUGUAUCCACUGCUCUUUAAUAUUAUACUGACUGUUGGAACAUGCAUUAUAGAUCUCAUAAUGAUAUGUGUGUAUGUGUACAUCGGAAGCAGGUCAAUUAAGGCCAUACGAGAAACGAACCAGUUUUUCCCCAAAUUUGCCAUGGCGACAAAUGACAGUGUGGACUUUUCUGCCGAGUAUUCCCAUGAAGUUCAUGACCCUAUUCUAAUUAAUGGAGAGAAAGACACACGAUACGAUAGGAAACACUCCGCAAUGAACGGUUCGCUUUCUAUCAAAUCAAAAUAUGAUUCCUUGGACAGAAAAGGUUCGACUGUCACUAUUGCUUCGACCAAAAAGGUACAUUCCUCUAAGCCGUCAUUUGCCAAAGCGGACAGAAGAGGACGAAGACAGAUGCUAAAAUCGACAUUUAUGUUGUUUCUGGUGACCGUCUUGUUCAUCGCCUCCUUCAUACCAUACUGUACCAUUGUCUUCAUACGCUAUACAAAUAGCGACCACUACACAAACCUCUCAAACACAGGAAAGGCAGUGUACAAUGUGUUUUUACGUUCUUAUAUGCUCAGCAGUGCGCUUAACCCGGUCAUCUAUAGUUUCCUAAGCAGCAAGUUCAGAAAGCAAUGUAAAAGGAUUGCUCACAAAAUAUUUUGUUUUGGUCGAUAUGUAUGAAAAAAAAGAAUUUUAUAUGAACAUGUAUAUUUACUCUCAGUCAAUUUGAUUUAAUACUGCCAUCUUAUUA